CGCUUGAAUUGAAGGACGAGCCUAAUGGAAUCGACAUUGGGUUUCAAGGUCAGUCGAGUUGGACCUCCGGCGAGGGUCUCACGUUCUCUGGGCGGCGGAGGUGGGCUCGUCUACAGCCCUGCACAUGCCAGUUCGGCCAUUUGAGUUUCUCAGACUGAGUGAGAAGGAACAGAAGGGGGAAGGCAAGCGCGAGAGGGAAAAUGGCAGAGAUGCAGAGGAAGGUGGGGAGCUUCUGGUUGUGGGUCUUGAUCGCAAUCUUUUCACGCCUUCUCCUUAUUCGCUUCCCUCUCAAAUUGGACUCGAGACCGGAGAUCGCGACUCCUCUCACCAGCCUCCGUCGAUUGGCUGAAGGUUACUGGUUAAAGCAAUCUUCCUUGUCUCCUUAUGAAGGGUCUCUCUACCAUGGUUCUCCUUUGUUACUAUAUCUGCUUGGACCUGCUUCAAUUGACAGGACUCAAGGCCACUUCAUAAUCAGUUUACUGUUUACAGGCACAGAUUUUAUUGCUGCUAUGCUUAUUCGUGAAAUUGGGAAGAAGCUUCAAGCUGAGUAUAGUAGUCAGUUACUCUCUUUAAACAUUGCCAAGGCUCGCAAAUUUGCAGGGACUGUAGAUUCUGGUGAUAUGGCAUCACUGUUGUACCUAUUGAAUCCAUUGACACUACUAACUUGUGUGGGUUCAACAACUUCCCCUAUCGAAAAUUUGAUGGUCAUCCUGUGCCUCUAUGGAGCAAGCACAGGCGUUGCUCCAUUGGCAGCCUUUGGAUGGGUUAUUGCUACGCAUCUUUCACUUUAUCCUGCCAUCCUAUUGAUCCCUGUAAUUCUCUUGUUAGGUUAUGGCACUGAUACUCCUCCAAAAAAGCUUUUCAAAUAUGUGCCUGCUGGGGCCCAUCCACAUAGUCAAAUUGAACAGACUGAAAAAAGUCAUGUGCAAGUUCAUAAAUUCUCAUGGAGAGCAAUUGUACACUUUCUGGUCUGGGCAACAUUUUGGUGGAUAUAUGUACUGUUUUUGUGCAGCAUCUCUCUUGCACGUUAUGGUGGCUUGUCAGAAAUGUUCAAAAAAACUUACGGAUUUAUCUUAACCGUCUCUGAUCUAUCUCCAAAUGCUGGUGUCUUAUGGUAUUUCUUUGCUGAAGUCUUCGACUUCUUCAGAGUAUUCUUUUUGAUGGUUUUUCACGCAAAUAUCCUAUUCAUGAUGUUUCCACUGGCUGUGCGUCUGUAUCAUCGACCAUGCUUCCUUGCAUUUGUGUAUAUCACAAUUUCUUCAAUGCUCAAAUCUUAUCCUUCAGUUGGGGACUCUUCUCUAUACUUGGGUCUCAUUGGCCUCUUUGCCAAUGAACUUGCAGAGAUGCGGUUCUCCUUUAUGCUGGUGGGAGGUUACAUUGGGGUCCAUCUCUUGAGCCCUGUCAUGCACAAUCUUUGGAUUUGGAGGGGUACUGGAAAUGCGAACUUUUACUUUGCGACUGCUUUAGCUUAUGCUUGCUUCCAGACAAUUCUAAUAGUUGAGAGUGUCAGCACCAUGCUGAACCAUGACCGGAAGUUGAAGAAGCAACUGCAAGCAGAUGCUGUAAAGUAACAGGCUUGUGCCACAGGCUGCAUGAUGUCAUCGUGACUACUAAAACAUCCCCUGAUUGCCGGGGAAGACGAAUACAGCCUUUCAGGAUCUGCGAAGUAAUUAUUUCAAUGGAUGUUCGAGCACCUCUUUAUGCUGUAGCCUAUGAAAUGGGAGCAUUGUUGGCCAAGGCUCGUUUUUUUCACUGUAUCCCGCUUCUUAGAAUAGAAUCUUUCAAUAGUAACUAGCUUGAUUCCAAAGCAUUUUUUCUUGUUGUUGUUAUCUUUUUUUCUUCAAAUUUGAUCAUGUACAUCUGAACUGCACAGCUGAUUGGAUGAGAAUUAACCUUUGAAUCCACGUCCUGUUCAAAAGCAUAAUGUUCU